CCCGCAUCCGCAGCUUGAUCAGCACAUAGCCUCACGCCCGCUAGGACACCCAUCGUUCCAUCUCGUCCCGCAAUAGAUCUAGCCCGAAGUGUAGGAAAUGUUUACCCAACUCGGCUCGCAAGAAAAAGACGCGUUCUUUUCGCUCUUGGACGAAUACUUUGCGGCACGACCAGAGCUGUUUAACGCAGGAGACAGUGCCAAAUCCUCAGAGGCUGCCGCGCCUACUCCCUCCUCCGUCGUUGCCGCACAACGGCGCGCCUUGGCAUCAACGCUCGGAUCGGCCUCCUCCAUCGUGUCCUCCCUAUCGCAUCGAAACGAAACAUCGCCCCGCCUCCAGCAAACGCACACAACAGCUCCGGAUCCAUCACCAACCUCCAGUCGGUUCGCAAAUUCGGGUCUAAUGUGGAUACCUCGUCUACGAUGAGCGUGCUCUCCUCCCUGCGUGGUUCCGGGAAAGCCGCGCCUCCAUCUACACCUCCGGUCGCACCCCCCGCCUUCGCACCACGGAAGAACAAUUUCGCUCCGCCCCCUACCCGCACUGUCGCCCCAAGUGCACCUGAACCUGAACCCGAACCCGAAGCUGCAGCGGAGGAGGCGGGACAAGGGGAGUGGGCUGAGGCGCUGUAUGAUUACGAUUCGGCGGAACCGGGGGAUUUGCAGAUUAGAGCGCACCAGAACGUCUGGGUCACGAACAGGAACACGGAUGAUUGGUGGACGGGGGAGUUCGAGGGGAAGACAGGACUAUUUCCGGCGUCGUAUGUCAAGGUUUUGUGAGUUCGUGCAUUGCUAGUUAGUACUUUAUAUACACUGUGUGGGCGAUGUAAUGUUCAAGAACGGAUCAUGAGCGUCAAGCGAUCCUCUAAGUAGGGCACAACUGAUGCGGUGUCGCUCUGUCCAGUUGACAUGAGGUAUCAGACAGACAGGCAGCGGCAGCUACUCUUGGCUUGCUUAUGGACAUCGUCCGCAACCUACUCCGAUCUCGACUCGCCAUCUUUCUGCCCCUCAUCGUCAUCUCCGCGUUCUUUUACUAUGAACAUGAAAGGCUCCCUCUCGUCGCGGAGCUGGUGCCCAUCCUCGUCGAUGCUGGUCAGAACGGCACCUCGCCAUAUCCAGCUACUCCCAGCUUGAUACUUGAAGCCACAUUGUACCCCAAGAGCAGCGCCUUUACUCCGGCGCCCUGGCGGGCAUUGAGUGAGCGCGCUUUGCUCAAUCUACGAGAAUGUAUGGGCAACGGGACGUGCACUGAGAAUCAACAGAAAGUCGUUUUAAUACAAAGUAUGUACUUUGGUAGAGAACUGAGCGGCGCGUUAGGCGGAGAGGAUAUCUGGGCACAUUCAACCGCCCGUGCUCUCAGAAAUCUGGAUUACACGAUACUAUAUGCUGAAGAUCUCGAGGAACUGGUGGGCAUAUACAGAUUGUUGCCGCAUUUGGUCAGGAUCGCGAUCGUGGACGACUGGCAAACCUUCGAAUGUUGGAGAGAUAAAACACACUGUCUUCGCUCUGACCAAAAUCCCACGGGGAUUCCUGGCUAUAAGCUGUUGUCCUUUUACUACUGGCCAUUUCCCCGUCACCCACUUGGUCCCCAUGGAUACUUUCGCCGGAAUCGUACCAGAAUCAAGUUCCCGCGGAACCCAGGUCCAACAACACCUAUCUCGGGUACUCUAUAGAGGAAACGUGUCGCAAGACAGCUUUUUUCCGGCGUCUGAACGUCCGAACGACCCUCCACAAGCAUGGGUUCUCGCGAAAUUGCUCAGUUACUUCGUGCAGGGAAUGCAUGGCAUUCCCCCAUCCUGGUCGAAGGACGAUUUCGAUGCUCUUGCACAAACUACUGGCGUGCAACUGAGACUAGCUGCUGCGGGGCCAUCUGAGGACUCAGAGGGUAUUGACGACAUGGCAGCGGCCCUGCCUGACGCUGCACACUAUGUCAACUCAGGCCGGCUUGCUCAGGAUGUUUUCAUGGCGAGUCUGGCUCGAACAAGGGUUGUCAUUGGUAUCGGCAACCCAAUAAUAUCUCCGACUCCGUGGAACGCGCUGUGUCUAGGGGUUCCUUUCAUUAAUCCCAUCUUGGAGUGGGACCAGGAACACCCGGACGAUCCCCAGCGUUGGCGAACACAGCAUCCUCUGGCUGCACUUUUGCCGAAACCAUACGUUUACAAUGUCCGGAAGGGCGACAGACAAGGCUUGAUUACUGCAGUGGCAGCGGCAUUAGCAAAUCCCAUCGAGUCUUUUGUGCCAGGGAAUAUGACCAUGAGAUCGAUAGAAGCACGAAUAGCAGACAUUGUCGAGACCGACUGGGAGGCAGAAGAGAGAAGGCAGCGAGAGUGGUGCAAGGAUCUGUGUGGCUGUCAGCAACCUUGUGACGCAGAGAAUUACGACCUACAUGAGUUGUAGAAGUGCACCACAGAGAUCAAACAGCCGAUUCCACUGUAACCGCUGCAGACGCUGACGGACGCUGGAAGAAAGGGAUUGUGCGCAAGUUAUCCGGCUGUGGCCCUUCGGCUCCCAUCUUCUUUUUAUCACGAUCGCUCUGUGAUAAGUAAGCCUUCGCGCAGAAAGAAUGGGUGGCACGGUGACUGACAAUUCCAGCCUGUGCCAUUCCACGCUCUAGCCCCUCGAGAAGCGUACAAGCCUUGCACAGAUCGUUACUUGAGAGAUAACCACACCUCUGACACGUUUCUGCGAUCUUGUCAUGAGGUGAGAAGGAGAGCGAGACAGGUAGAAACCCACGAGGGUUCUUCUGAGUAGCCUUGACUUCCUCGCGGAUCUCGAAGGCUUCACCUGAAUGGAUAAUGUCGAUAAUUGCGCUCGGUCGCGCAGCCUCUAAAUCUUUCAGAAAUACUCGCGCGUGACCCCGAUAUGCGUCAGGCGAAUAUAUGCACUCCGUCGAAAAAUAGUCGAGCUUUUUGAAAUAGGCGUACCUAGAUUCAUCGUCAGAUAAUGUAGGCAACGGAAAUCGGGGGACCCACAUCACAAUUUCCUUUUCAUAUGCGUAUUUGAAAGGCUUUGACCGCUUUAUCGUGUCUUCUCCUUGGGUACAGAUUAGAGUACAGCGGCCCAAACGAGCGAUAUCUCCUCUCAUGACUUGACCAAAGCCUCAGCCUCAGAUUGGAUCGCUUCGGAAGAAAGAGGCGCACUAUUCAUUAGGACGGUCUCGGCAAUAUCGUCCGCAUUAUGCCCGGUCACUAUAUGAUCCACAUUCAGCAUGGCUGCUCCACGGUCGAGCGCCUGCCGCCGGAAAACGCCACAGAAAGUGCAGUUGUUCUUCUUCCCAACCUGAGAAACUAUCGCGUCCAUCGUCCAACCGUAAAGCUCGUCGUAAGACAGGAUCUUAAGCGGCAUCGAGUACUGUUCUUGAUUCCGUUUGACGGUCUUGCAAAAGAUCUCUCUAUUUGGUCGUAGCUAGCGUGGUAAAUGGGGACGCACCUCGAGGGAGUCGUCACGGUAGCCAGUUAUCCCUUCGUCGAUCGAGAGCAAGAACAGCUCGAGUCCAUAAUCAUAUCGUUCGUUCAAUGCUUUCAUGACAUACGCCAGCACCGUGGAGUCUAGAUUUCUUCUGAGUAAAUAAUAAAUCCUGAUACUAUAGGCUCUGGACCUUUUCCUCCUGACGCGCCAAUGGCCACGCGAUCGCCGCGUUUGAACAACUUGGCUUCGAUUAUCGUAUUGUGGACUUCGGUUUCAAAGACGAAGAAGAAACAUUCACGACAGAUCUGUUGACCAGUUUUGGGACGCUUUAGCAUUGCCCUAUUUGUGUUGCAGAGUGCGCAAGUUCGGGGAGGCAUCACGAUGGACGAGGAGGAAGAGCGAUAAAUCUGUUUUGACACCCAGUCAAGUGCGCUGUCAAUCAUUUACGUCUUGACUGCCGCGGAGGCACGUGCUUGAUAAUACGUAAGCUGUUUGCCAUGAUUGAGCCAAAGUGAGUCCGUGCGCUCUGAACUGAGUGCGCGGUCAUGCAUCAAGAGGCCUAUCUCGUGUCUGUCCGCUCUACAACAUGAACGAGACUCUUAUCAGCCCAUUCACCAUCACCCAUCCAACCAGUGUCCAAACCUCCCUCUUUGCUCUUGCUUCCUUCGCGCGCUUCGACCCUACUGGUCGGUAUGUUGCUACUGGGAGAAGGGAUGGAACUACAGCGAUCUGGGACCUCGAUACGCGCGCUGCUGUACGCGUUUUGGAUGGGCAUGUCAAGCCCGUGACAAGUCUCGAUUGGUCGAGGUACUCCCGCUACAUACUCACGACUUCCAAAGACUGGAAUGUCAUCAUCUGGGAUCUGGCGACGGAGUACAUCCCUAUGCAGCGCGCGACGACGCUUCGAUUCGACGCGCCUGUUGUGUCCGCGUCUUUCCACCCCAGGAAUAGUCGGAUAGUAUUGGUUCUGCUCGAUACAGGCGAAGCUUGCCUGGUCGACCGACGGAAGGCGUUUCGAGGACGGGUCGACUUGGAAGAAGGAGGCGAGGAUGAAGGAUCAUCCCGUCCAGCUGUAACGACCGCGCGUUUCGAUCCUUCGGGCAAGUACGUAUUCCUGGGCACCAAUGCAGGAUACCUACUCGUCUUCAACACACGAACAAAAUUGAUGAUCGCGCGCCACCGAAUCUCAGGCGCUGGUGCGCUGAAAGGACUGGAAUUCACACGAAAUGGACGAUAUCUCGUGGCCAACUGCGCAGACCGAACGCUGCGCCAAUUCACAGUUCCUGCGUACCCCGACGGGCCGAUCAUCGAUCAAGAGUUAGAGCCAACUCACCGCUUCAACGACCCCAUUGGCCGCACCGCAUGGCACGCGAUGUCGUUCAGCCCAGACGGAGAGUGGUUGGCGGGUGGUGCCGCAGACUCGGCAAACCAUAAAAUAUACAUCUGGGACAUUUCAAAUGACGGCCAAUUUGCCAGCGCGUUGGACGGCGGACGAGAACCACUGCUCCAUCUCCACUGGCAUCCCCAAAAGUCGUCAAUAGCGUCCACGACGAAUCAGGGGAACGUUCUCAUCUGGCAUUGUCCUCGUCCAGAACGAUGGGGCGCGUUUGCCGGUGGAUUCGAGGAGCUGGACGAGAAUGUCGAGUACGAAGAACGGGAAGAUGAGUUUGAUAUUGAGGAUGAAGCUGAAAUCAUCAAAAGAAAGAUGAAGGCGGAGGAGGAAGAGGUUGACAUUGACGGUCUGCCGGACAAGCCGCAAGAAGUGCAGCUACAAGGUGUGAUACCAGAUGACGAGGACAUUGCUUGGGCGGUGGAGGAGCCCGACCUUGAUGUAGAGGGCUGGAAGCUGCGCAUCGACAUGGAUGAAGAGUGGGAUUUGUAG